GGUGAGCACAAUUUAUAUCAGCAUUGUUGUUUAGCACUUCUUUUAGCUCUUUCAUCCUAAAUAUGCUUUUAGUUCUGAUAAAUUUGUAGAACUUUUGAAUAUUCAUUUUCCCUAAAUUCUUCUUGUCUACCUUAAAGUAGUUAGUUCGCUGUAGAAAGUCAUCGCCGGAGCCGCCAACUUCAUCCGAUGCCUCCUUCCACUGCCACCGGCCACCGGCCACCGGCCACCGCAGAAGAGGAAGAAGGUGACAUGAAGUGCUGCGUUGAAGACCCUUCACUGCCCAGUGGCGGGAGCGGCCCGGACGUGCUCGUCGGCAUCGGAGUCGAGCCUUCAGCUUCGACUAUGAUAGACCCAUACUAGUUGAGGAAAUACUUGUAUUUCUCCAACCUUUUUGUAACAUAUUCUGUUGCUCCAGGAUUCUAAAGCAACACACUCAAGGAACCAUCUAAAUAUCGUAGACUCAGAUUGAAAGCUAUUCAGUGACGGAAACUGAUGCUUUUAUUCUUCGUGAAACUUGCAGAUGCUCGCGAGGCCUUCCAUGGCGAAGCAAUACCUUGCCUUUCUUGUCCCUGAAGCCUGCCCAAAUUCUAACCGACUCGAUCGCUAAAUAAACUUCCCAGAUUUCGUCUCUAAUAACAAGCUCGAACUACUGCUGCACCCGAAUGGACAGUCUCUUCAAGCAAAUAAGGGUGAGAUUUUCUGACUCAGGAGAAGAACCGAUAGCACCGGAGAAGAUUGCAUCACUUAAAGAAGGGAAGAAGAGGAACCGUAACUGGUUCCAGAGGCCAUUUCCUGGGGAAAUGAGCGGCAUCGACGAGACUGCCGAUAUUGAGUUUGCAGCUGCGGCUGCAGCGGCUGCUUACGCUGUCGCUUUACUGGACGAAGAAGAAUCGCUCGAUCAGAACAAGAGAACCAUGAAGGUAGAAGACAACAUGAACAAACCCCCUGAAUACAGCAGAAUAACCAGAUGGUUGACUGGUAAAGAUCAGAAGGAAGAUGAAAUUCAAUCAGGAGGUUCUUCAAUGAGAAUCGGAGGAAAGACGCAGGAUGAGUUUGGCAUUGGCCAGAAUCUAUCAAAGGAACCCAAUCUUUCCCUGAAAAAGAAGCCAACUUUCUCUGACAAGACAAGCAGCAAGAAACCAGAGCAAGAACAAAGUCAAACAGGUCCGAAAACCCUCAGACUUACAGACUUGAUUUCUUUCAAUGCAAGCAGAAGCAGGAAAACAACUUAUACCACCAAAGACGAAACGAAAGUAGAUGCAUGGGAGAGAGCGAAGAUGGAGAAGAUAAGGAAAAGGUAUGAAAAACUGAAGUCCUCGAUUGCGGAAUGGGAGGACGAGAAGAAGUUGAAGGCGAAACGUCGACUGGAGCGCAAAGAGGGGUAUCUGGAGCUGCAGCGUGCGAGAGCAGUACAAGAACUUCGAGAUGAGAUGGCGAGAAUAGCCAAGAUUGCUGGUGGAGCAAGAGCCCUCGCAGAAGAAAGGCGAAGAAAUGAUGAACAGAAGACGAAGGGAAAGGCGAGGAAGAUGCGAUCCGCUGGGAGUUCUCCUCGUUCCUGCUUUGGUUUCUGACGUAUCCUUGAAUGCGUGAAACGUCGCUCGCUGUAAAUCUGUAUAGUUUGUAUAAAACAGCAAGAAAAAGGAAAAUAAAAAAUAAAAAAUCAUGAUAUUGCUA